AUGGCAGACAGCACUUCUACUAAUCCUAAUAGCGCUAUCAUCUACACGCCGCGAGAAGCCGUCUUGCACAGUGCUGACUUCUUGAAGAGGCGGAAUACUGUCAUAACUGUUAGGGGAACAGCCGUAUUGGUGGAUAAGGAACUAGGACGAGUGGACAUUGCUCACAAUGGCGCCAAGUUGAUUGUUCGUCUACCUCCAGAAGCUCCAGCGGGCAUCGUGAUUGUGGAUGAUGGGGAUCAUGAUGCCAAGGAAAACAUCAGUUCAUCACAAGAAGAGGAGAAGAUCGUCAAGAGUGGAAUCAUUGUGGAUGUAACAGGGACCCUCAGGAAGGAGCAACGUCGAACUUUUCUGCAGGCUACCAGCUUGUCACUACCGCUACCGUAG